AUGAACACAAACACAUCACCACAUCGCGGCAGUGGGCGUGCUGGCAGCAGCACUCGAAGCAGCAGCAGCAGCAGCAGCAGCCAUGCGAGUGGCAGCGGCACCCAUAACCAGCCCUACGACGAGGAGCGACUCGAGUUGCUCGGCGAGUUCGACACACCCUCCCCACGAUGGUCAUUAUCGAGGAGAUGCCUACGACUUCCAAGGCCCAAAAAGUCAACGACCUGGCUACUGCUGAUUGAUCUCACCAUCAUCGGUCUACUCGUCAUCGCCUUUUGGCCCCUCAUCACACUGCUCCUCUACAACGAGAGGUUAUUCGGCGCUCGCCUGGCGCUCCCUGUCGAGAAGACACCACACACAGAGAACCACUACCAACAGCACGCGAUACCGCGCAUCUUGCAUCAGACGAGUGCCACCGAACAGAUUCGCGACGACUGGGUCAAGCCGCAACAGAGCUGCAAGGACGCCUACAGCGAUUUCGAAUACAUGCACUGGACCGACGCGCUGGCGCGUGAUCUGAUCGCCACCGAGUAUCCCUGGUUCCUCGACACCUGGGACAACUACCCCUUCCCCAUCCAGCACGCCGACUCGCUCCGCUACUUUGUUCUGCACCGGUACGGCGGCAUCUACCUCGACAUGGACACGUGGUGCAACGCGUCGAUCCCGAUACACCAAAUCGAGGCCGCCGGGGGCAAGGACCUGUCCGUGUUCAAGUCGACGAGUCCGACGGGCGUCUCGAACGACCUGAUGAUCACGACGGCCCGCCACCCCAUCUUCGAGGCCGUCAUCAAGCGCCUCGAUGAGCUACGCGCAGAGCUACUAACGCUGGACCCCUCUUUCUCAUCGCCGUCAUUGGAAAAGAGCAGCACCGUUCCCGACUCCAAAGCCCUGGACGCUCUGCCUCUCCUCCAUGCCGUCGUGAUGGAGACCCUGCGCCUGCACGCGCCGAUUCCCGGGCCUGAGCCGCGUCGAACACCUCCAACCGGUUGUUGCAUCGCUGGUUACACGAUCUCCGGCGAUGUCCGGGUAGCCUGUCUCGCGCACACGCUCCACCGCGAUGAGACGGCGUUCCCGGACCCAGAGCACUGGGCGUCCACGCGGUGGUUCGUCGAGGAUGGCCAGAAGCGGGAAAUGCUUCCCGAUUCUGGACAUUCGGCAGCGGCGGCCGGAUGUGUCUGGGCUCCAAUUUUGUCAUGA